CCGUGCGGAGCCGCGCGCGUCGCUCCGCCUCCCCGUGACGCCGUGAUGGCGGCGGGCCGUUCGGCGCGGCGCUGAGCGGCGCCCGGGAGGGCGGAGGAUGAUCUCGCGAUACGCCAGGAAAGCGGUGCCCGCCGGCGCUCUGCAGCCGCACGCCGUGCGGCACCACCCGCUGCCAGAACCCAGCCCUGUCACAGCUGCCUCUGAGAGAUGCCCAGGGACUGCCAGUGCGUCUGGAGUCUCAAAGGAGUCAGAUGACCCUUCUGUUACUCCAACUGAUGAUGGGAAUUCAUGGUCUGCUAGUCCGAGUUACGCAGGCACCUCCACUGAGGACAGCUCUAUCUUCUCUUGGGGCUAUGAUGAAUUUGAUAAGGCUGCCACGCAGCAAGUUCAGAACAUGUUCAGGCAACUCGAUGAGCUACUCUAUGAACAAAAAGAAAAUGUCCACGUUGAGGGACUGCAGGAGGAAUGCCAACAGUGGACAUCCAACUUUCCUCAUCUCAGGGUCGUGGGGAAGCAGAUAGUGAUCCCCAAAGAUGAAGGGUAUGAAUGGUAUUCGAGUUCACCUUCUGCAAGUUUAGGUUCAUCAGAUGUAAGUCCAUCACAGGAAGAAGGCUCCAAUGAAUUUAGUGUUUUUGGCAAGAAGGUGCCUCUUUCUGUUUCUCCUGUUCUCAAGAAGGCCGACCGUUCCAAGUCUCCGACCUUGUGUUCUCCAGACAGUGAAGAGGAUGAAGAUGGAGUAAUUGUCUCUGAAGGCAUAAUGGAGGAAUAUUUAGCUUUUGACUGCAGAGAUGUGGAGGAGGAGCUGCAUGAGGGGAAAAUUGGACUCUCCUCUGGUAGACGAAAAUUGGGGUUUCCUCCUAUCUCUCCAUAUUCCUGCAUGAAGGAUUCUGUGUUCACAUUUGUGUUUGAUGAUGUGUGGAGUGAAGUGCUAGGCUGCAUGGAAGAACUGAUCAGCAGACACUGGGAAGUGUCAGCCUCUGAUGAUGAGAAAAAUAUCAUAAAAGUUGAAGCAAUCCAAGCAGAUUCUGGAAGCCCCCAGCAGUUUGAUCCUCUGCCAGUGCUAUUACCUCGUGUGCCACAAACUAAAAUGCCCUCUGUAACAUCAAAUCUGGUAAAUCAAGGGUCAAAUAGUGGGUCUCAACGUAACCUAAAUGGCUUGAUAGUGAUACAUGGGAUCCACUUACAGCAAAGGAAUCUGCCCGUAAUGGAGAAAACUCUGGACCUGGAUGACAAACGCCCAGGCUCCAGUUCCGUCCUCUCAAACAAAACGUGGCCAAAUCGUCCUCCUCUGGAGCUCAGCACAUCGCCUCUGUCUCACAACUCCAAGAGGAGAAACCCACCACCACGUACCCUGCAUCCCAUCAGCACCAGUCAGUCCCGCACUGCGACCCCGCGCUCUGUGGACGAUGUCUUCAGGGGAACCCGAUUUCUGAGUGCACACGAGCAGCUGACCUCACCCUCCCCACUGCUGCUAAACAGAAAUCAUCUCCUACCACCUAUCGGUACCACUGAUGUGGCAGAACACACGAGCACCGCAGGAUCUCAGAGGCAAACGAAAUCUCGAGGAAACUCAAGUCGAGCUCACAGUGUAACAACACACGAAGAUACUCACCAGCACCUACACGAGAGGCUCUUCUUACCUGAUCAUUUCUCCAGGCCUAAAACAACCAACGUAUUUUUGCCAGAUCCACAGCAUCGUCGUUCUUGCACCGUUAUUGAUUAUGGCAAUCAUGCUUGGACAAGCAGAGCAUCAGCAGGUUCAGGUCUUCAGCCACACGGUUCUGUGAAAGGCCAAAGUCGAAGUGGAUCAGUCACAAAAAACAAACAGGGCUUCUAACAUGUCAUGUGAAGAAGUGUACAUCCACCUCCAGAAAAGUCACAGGUGACCUCUCAGCAACGUCAGGGCUGUUUACAGAGAGUCUUCAAGCACCCUUCCUUACGAACAACCUUAUUUUUAUAUUGUCAAAGAAGCAACUGCCAAAGAUUAGAAGGGAUACACUUGCACAUUCCAUUUUCUACCACUACAAAAAGCUAUCCUCCAGUGAAACCCAACUCCUAGAAAACCUAGCAAAUACUUUAAAUCACUGCUGUUUUCUAUUAAUUAGUACUAUUUUGUGACUGGUUCAUGUUACUGCAGGACCUGCUGAUUUUUCCAUCAGCUCUAUGAAAGAUUAAUCAGGCAUUCCAUAGCAGUAGUUUUGAAAGUUACCUAUAAAGCUCUAUUUAUACACUUAAAGCAAUAUUUUACUAUCAGAAGGAAGCUGCGUAUAUGAUACUGCUUCCACAACUCAGCGUAGACAAGUUAUGGAUUCUGCAGUAGUUGCAGCAGAUAUUAACACAGAUGUGUAAAAAUAAGGUAGCAAAACAGACUAAGGGAACUGACAGCUUUGAGGGUAGCAUACCACUGAACCCUCCUGUGUUAUAUACUUACAUAUAAACCUAGUUCUGUGUCUGAAGAAAGUUUAAGGGACAAAAAGGACUCUUACUACAAGCAGUUCCAGAGAACAUUCCAAGAAAGUAUGUUGUCUUCCUGGCGAGAUGUUUUAUGUAGUUUCACAGAAUAGGUCAGUCUCCAUUUCCCAAAACCAAAAACCAAACAAAGACACAAGAAACUUGCACUGCAAUUCUGUAGGUAUUUCUGCCCUCUAUCCUGAAGGUCCCCAACAUGCACCAUGUGAGAGACAUGGUGGAGGGAUCAGCUUAGCUGCCCUUGUGGCUCCCACAGAAAUGAAAACACAGAAUAACAGACUUUUCAAAAUAAAUGAUUAGUUGAAGGUCUUGCUCCCAGGCAGUAAGCAGCAGAUGACUUGCAAGUGUAAAGACAAGCUGAAGAUAACAUUCCUGCAUUUUCCUGCAAGAAAACAGUUGAUCCUUUAUGAUUCAAUUUAAAAGCACUUUUUCUAAGUUUCCUUAUUCUUAGUAUUUUCCAAGUUACAGUUCAGAAGGGAAACAACUUGUCAGGGUUCUUUUUUUUAUGAAGUGGCUCCUCUACUUUCCACUGUAAGCUAUGCAAUCUACUAAGUGUUAGCAGUACCUACACAACAACUAAUGAUUUUUGAACCAGACUGAAGUUCUUCUUUUGAUCAAAGCAUGCAGCGAUUCAAGCAUGCUCCGAUCAAAAAGAAUGGAAAACAAAGCAAAGCAGAAGUCUACAAAUGGAAAGUUGACUCCUUCCUUUGCAUUUCCAGAGGAAAAAGCAGCUUUGGGCUCAAUCAAUAUCUCUGUAAGGUAGAAUAGAGGUAAGUGGAUGCCUAAAAGCAGCCAGUGAUCACUAAACUGUUUCAAAACACAGUUUCUCUAAUGGUUAAGACUAGCAGAACGCCGUGCAGUGUAUCAUUUAGUUGUCUCAAGCUCUCUGGAGAUAAGCAUCCUCUUUAAACCAGUGCCAUUCCUCAGGGACCAACAUAGUGCUUAAGAGUACAAAGCUACACAAACUUGAACAGACUUCUAGUACCAUAACUCAGUAUUUUGUAGCCUAGGGGAGGAAACAAGGCAUUAAAGAAAUGAAAGCCAUCUGGUCAUAAGGUAACUUUUGAUUUCUAUACCAAUGGUUGAGAGAUUUGUCUAUACUGUUCGAUAUCUGUUUUGUACAGCAAGAGUUACGUUCAAGUCCCGUGUGUUAAUCAACACAGUGACCUACUGAACUCUUUCUGAAUCAGGAUAACUGUUUAAAGCAGCUAAAAGGGAACUCGUUUCCCAUUCUACCUCUGGCUUCCCUUUAGGAAGCUCUAGUAAAUAGUAGCUGAAUUCUAUCACUGAAGUGGUAGGGACCUUCAACUCAAAAGUAGGUGUUUGUCAUGUGGCCUUUGAAGAAUGAUCCAUAAAUAAAGCCAGCCUCAUUUCUUUCAGCUACAGCAAGUAACCUUUCAAAUUCAUACCCUGAACCAUUACAUAAAGCAGUUUUAAAAGAGCAGAAAUAAUAAUAAAAAAAACCCAAGUUACGUAUACUUACACAUCUUAGAAGAGCACUUCUGAAAUAACAGAGCUGAUGACUAACACAGAGCACACUAAAGCAGGAGUCAGAAGUAAUCCCUCUCAUCCUAUAGCAGGAGUGUGAUGCCACUGAGAUAACAGUGUGUUGCUAGGCUUUGGAAGUCCUCAUCAUGGGACAUCAUCAGUCCUAGACACACACACAAAGCCACUGUAUUUUGUGGGUUUAUUAGUUUAUUGCAUCACAUCAGCAUGUUAGAAGGUGUUAGAUUUACUGCCAAGUCACUCACAUACUUCCUGCAGUCUCAUUUUCUUAAGGCAUCUGCUUACAUGCCACUGUGAAAGAUUGGUUUAUAAAUAAUAAGUGGCCCUUUCUUAUAACUCCAUAACACCAGCACAUUUACCAGUGCAGAUGUCUUUUCAGCUGCUAAAAAAGUAUGCAGUAUUUACUUCAAUAAAAAUAAGUACCAACAUGAA